AUGGCCAUUUCGGUUGGUGAAUUUCGAGUGAAUUGCUCUGUCCAGAGACCUUCAAUCUCACGUAGAGUUGAUCACUUAAAGACCUCUCUCUCCUCUGCUUUCAAGCCACUGUUGAGAGAGUUGCAGGAAGUUCCUCUGCAAAUCAGAGCUUCUGAAAUCAUCAAGAACACUUCUGUGAGACUAUUGGAUGCCUUUGUUGACUCGGUGUUUGAAUUCCAUGAUCAGCCAUUGCUCCCAUCUCAGAGUAACUUUGCUCCGGUUGAAGAGUUGGGAGAAGCUGUUCUUGUUACCGAAAUUGAAGGGAGGAUUCCGGAUGAAUUUCCGGAGGGUGUUUACGUAAGAAAUGGUGCAAACCCGCUUUUUGGAGGAUUAAAAUCAACAACAUCUAUGUUUGGAAGAUCAAGUCACAUUUGGGUGGAAGGAGAAGGAAUGCUUCAUGCUUCGUAUUUUAAUAAAGAUAGUGGUGGAAGCUGGAAUGUCUUCUAUAACAACAAACAUGUUCAUACCGAGACAUUCAAGUUAGAAAGACACAGAAAUAAACCAUCAUUUCUUCCAACUGUCGAAGGGGAUCCACUGGCUAUUUUGUCAGCUCAUCUGCUAAAUUUGUUAAGAUUGGGCAAAGUAAACAAAUACAUUAGCAACACCAGUGUUUUCAUGCAUUCGGGGAAGUUAUACUCAAGUGCUGAGAAUCAUAUACCUCAAGAGAUAGACAUCCUUUCACUAGAAACUUUAGGGAAUUGGGAUGUCAAUGGAGCUUGGAAUCGACCAUUCACUACCCACCCGAAGAAAGCUCCAGGUACCGGGGAUCUGGUCAUAAUUGGUGUUGAUGUAAUGAAACCUUACUUUGUUCUGGGAGUGAUUUCAGCUGACGGAAAAAAAUUAGUACAUAAAGUGGAUCUCAAAUUCAAGAGGUGCACCCUUUGCCAUGAGAUAGGUGUUACACAGAGGUAUAAUGUGAUCAUAGAUUUUCCAAUAACUCUAGACGUUGUCCGACUCAUUAGAGGAGGGCCAUUGGUGAGGUAUGAUAAGGAAGAGUAUGCAAGGAUUGGGGUAAUGCCUCGUUUUGGUGAUGCAGAAUCAGUUCGGUGGUUUGAGGUGGCACCGAGUUGUGCAUUUCACAUUCUCAACUGUUAUGAGGAUGGUGAUGAGGUUGUGGUGUGUGCGUGUAGAGCUCGUGGAUCAGUCAUACCAGGCCCCGAUUAUGGUUUGAACAAAUUUGAGUGGUUUUCAAGAGGUUUUAAGCCAGUGAUUUCAGCUGGUGAUCAAUAUGAUGAUAGUUUGACACAAGACGGAUUAUUAUUUGCUCGUUGUUAUGAAUGGAGAUUAAACAUGCUAAAUGGAGAGGUCAAGGAAAAGUAUCUCACUGGAACCGAAUUUGCCUUGGAUUUUCCUUUCAUUAAUGGAAAUUUUACGGGUGUUAAAAAUAAAUAUGGUUACACUCAGGUUGUUGAUUCUAGCGCGAGCACUGCCUCAGGCAUGGCCAAGUAUAGCGGACUAGCCAAGCUUUACUUAGGAGAACCAGAACCCGAAUUUAAUCUGGGAAAGAAACAAUGCGAAAAUUUUGUAAAGGCUGAAUAUCAUAAAUUUGAGAAGAACACCUUCUGUUCUGGAGCUGCAUUUGUUCCUAAACGUGGAGAUUCUAAGGAAGACGAUGGUUGGAUCAUUUGUUUUAUUUAUAAUGAAGAUAAUUGUAUAUCUCAGGUUUACUUAAUUGAUGCAAAGAAUUUCACUAGUGAGCCAGUGGCCAAAAUUAUGCUGCCAUGUAGAGUGCCAUAUGGUUUUCAUUCAGCUUUCAUUUCAAUGCCCUCUCAACAAUUACAGGAUCAAUAGUGCCCGGAGACUGGAGACGUGGAGAAAAGCUAUGUUAUUGGCAAUAAACACCAAAAAUUAUUAGAUGGUUCUACACCAUUUGAUAUUUGGUGGACUACUCUAAUAAAAAUUAAUGUAGAAUUUUGUAAUAUAUUAUUAAUGCACUCUUGUGGGGAUAUUUUUAUAAUCUUUAUAAUCUGAU